AUGGCUGCAACUGGAGGCCACGACGAUCCCUUCAGAGACCCUUCGCUCGCUCCACAGAACCAGCAGCCUGUCGAUGCACCCAGCGUCCCGGACACGCUCGCUGUCGGACGCAAUGCCUCGUUGACGCUGGGAACAGACUCGCUGGUUGUCUUGGAUGAAGAGCUGCAGGACAGCAAGGGCGCCAGCUGCUGCGGCCUGUCUCUAUCCGGCAAGAGCAAGUCGACUCGUUCGAUCCCCUUCUACAACGUACUCUGGGCCGAGCAUUCAGACAACGGCGACAUCACCAUCCAGUACGCCCACUCUGUCUCGCCCAAAGCUGUGCGCCCAGCCAUCGUCAGCUACAAACUCGACAAGCUGGACAGCCGGCUGGCCGAGGCAUGGAUCGAGAAGCUGCUCGACCGCGCAUACGGCGCAUCGCAGCGACAGAAGCGCAUGAAGGUGCUGCUGAACCCCUUCGGUGGACAAGGCGGCGCGGUCAAGAUGUACCAUAAAUCGAUUGCGCCCAUUCUUGCCGCGGCGCGCUGCACACUCGACGUGGAGAAGACACAGCAUCAGGGACACGGCGUGGAGAUUGCGCAGAAUCUAGACAUCGAGGCGUACGAUGUUGUAGCAUGCUGCUCUGGCGAUGGCAUCCCACACGAGGUCUGGAACGGGCUUGGGAAGCGAGAGGAUGCUGCGAGAGCACUGGCGAAGGUUGCAGUCGCGCAGUUGCCCGGCGGUUCUGGAAAUGCGUUGAGUCUCAACUUCAACGGCUCAGACAGCCCGAGUCUGGCAGCGCUCGCCGUCGUCAAGGGCCUGCGCACGCCUCUCGAUCUCGCCUCGAUAACACAAGGCGACCGCCGCACCCUCUCUUUCCUCUCGCAGUCCGUCGGCAUCGUCGCUGAAACCGAUCUUGCGACCGAGCAUCUGCGCUGGAUGGGCAGCGCGCGCUUCACCUGGGGCUUCCUCGUACGCCUGCUGACCCAAACCAUCUACCCCGCCGACAUCGCCGUCAAAACCGUCCACGACAACAAGCCCGCCGUCCGCGAAGCCUACCGCGCUGAAGCCUCCAAGCCCCCUCCCACACACGACUCCCGCCCGGUCCCAACGGCAGACACCGGACUCCCAGCCCUCCAAUACGGCACAGUCAACGACCCGCUCCCCGCGAGCUGGGAACUUAUUCCGCACGACAAACUCGGCAACUUCUACUGCGGCAACAUAGCUUAUAUGUCGCCUGACGCGAACUUCUUCCCCGCCUCGCUCCCCAAUGACGGCUGUCUCGACCUGGUUCGCAUCCGGGGCGACAUCCCGCGCAUGACAGCCAUCAAGAUGCUCAUGGCCGUGGAAAACCACACGUUCUUCGACAUGGACGGCGUCGACUACCAGAAAAUCGAGGCCUAUCGCAUUAUCCCGAAGAUGCAGGACGACGGGUACAUCAGCAUUGAUGGUGAGCGAGUCCCGUUUGAGGGGUUUCAGGUCGAGGUGCAUCGGGGGCUGGGCACGGUGUUGAGCAAGAGCGGGCAUUUGUGUGAGGCGAGGGGUGUGUAG